AUGCAUCAAAUACCCGACAAAUGCUAUUCAAAUGUUAAUUCCUUUUCAUGUGGUGCUGAAGAAGGAAAAAAUGGUCAAAUUGAUUCCAAAUUAAGAGUGUUACGACCUAGAAAUCUGACUACCAUUACGUCACCUCUACCAAGCCUUGCAAAACAUCCAGUUUUGACCACAUUUAUUCACAUCUUUUUGAGGACUGAUGAGGAUAUUUCUAUUAAUUGA